UCCCACGCAUAUAGAUCUUGCUAUAACAAAAACAGUGUCGAAGCAUCAUCUUCUGCCCAUUUGCAGCACAUCGGUACAGCUCCGAUCAGGUAUUGUUCGUCGGAAUUCUUAAUCCGAUGGCUCAGAAGCUCAAGGUUCUCAUCAUCGGAGCAACUGGUUACAUCGGAAAAUUUUUAGUAGAAGCCAGCGCCAAAGCAGGUCAUCCAACUUAUGCAUUUGUCCGCGUAACUACAUACUCGGACCUUGAAAAAUCUCCCAUCAUCCAUGAUUUCAGGAGCUUAGGUGUUAACUUCGUCUUUGGCGAUAUCUUCGAUAAUGAAAGUCUGGUUGAGGCAAUACAGCAGGUUGAUGUUGUGAUAUCUGCCGUUGGUCGUGAACAGUUAGGCGAUCAAGAUAAGAUCAUAUCUGCUAUCAAACAAGCUGGUAACGUUAAGAGAUUCUUCCCCUCGGAGUUUGGCAGCGAUGUGGAUCGUGUACACGCAGUGGAGCCAGCAAAAUCGUUGUUUGCCAGUAAGGUUGAAAUUCGUAGGGCUGUUGAGGCAGAGGGAAUCCCCCACACAUUUGUUGUAAGCAAUUUCUUUGAUGGUUACUUUCUUCACGGCCUUUCUCAGCCAGGAGCCACUGACCCACCUGGAAACAUAAUCAAAAUCUUAGGAGAUGGAACUACCAAAGUGAUUUACAACAAGGAAGAAGACAUUGCGACUUACACCAUUCGGGCCAUAGAUGAUCCAAGAACACUCAACAAGAUCUUGUACAUUAGUCCUCCUGCCAACAUCUACUCGACGAACGAGCUAUACUCACUGGUGGAGAAAAGAGAUGGGAGGAUUGUUGAAAGGAUCUACAUCCCAGAAGAGGAGGUGUUGAAGAACAUCCAAGAUGAUCCAUUUCCAGCUAAUAUAGUAUCAUCAAUUCUAUACUCUGCUUUUGUGAAGGGUGAUCAUACCAACUUUGAUAUUGAACCAGCAAUUGGAGUUGAAGCUUCAGAGUUGUACCCAGAUGUUCAAUACACAACUGUGGAAGAAUACCUCUACCAGUAUGUUUAGAAAGCAAACCGUCUAUCAACUUGUUAGGUUUUGACAAAAUAUUAAAAGAGUAGUUAUCCCACAUCUAAAGUAAUGAACUCCAAGCAUAAUAAAAGGUGUUUGUGCCUUUAAUUUCAAAUCAUCUCAAUUUGAAGCACUUUAAGCUUGGUAUACUAACUCAAUUGUGUGAGUGGAUAAUGCUUUGUAAUUGGGGUCGGGGAGAAUUAUUACGUGAUUUUAAUAAUUUUUCAUAUGUAAUAGAAUUU